AUGGCUUUAGAAGAAGAGGAAGAGAGUCAAAACGCACCGUAUUGCAUCCUCGACGGUCUUUUCUGCGAGGAAGAGAGUGGGUUCGAAGACGAAGAAGCAGCAGAUUUGCGCGAGAAAUCCGACGAGAGCCUUGUAAAGUUUCCGUCUUUCCAUCUGGGUUUCUCCGAUCAUGACAUGUCCUGGGACGACGACGAGCUCUCGAGCCUGAUUUCGAAAGAGGACGAGCUAAAGCCGUCGUGCCUCUGCGACGAAAUCUUAGACGACGAGUUUCUGGCUCUGUGUCGCGAGAAGGCGCUCGAGUGGAUUUUCAGAGUGAAGUCUCAUUACGGGUUUAAUUCGUUGACGGCUCUUCUCGCUGUGAACUACUUCGAUAGGUUUAUCACGAGCAGGAAGUUUCAGACUGAUAAGCCAUGGAUGUCUCAGCUUACAGCUGUGGCUUGCUUGUCUCUAGCUGCUAAGGUUGAAGAGAUCCGUGUCCCAUUGCUCUUAGAUCUCCAAGUGGAAGAAGCAAGAUAUCUGUUUGAGGCUAAGACUAUACAGAGAAUGGAGCUUUUGAUUCUCUCUACUCUUCAGUGGAGGAUGCAUCCUGUGACUCCAAUCUCGUAUUUCGAUCACAUUAUCCGUCGAUACAGCUCUAAAUCUCACCAGCAGUUGGAGUUCUUGAGCCGGUGUGAAUCUCUGUUACUCUCCAUUGUCCCUGAUUCGAGGUCUCUGAGUUAUAGUCCAUCUGUGUUAGCAACUGCAAUAAUGGUCUCUGUGAUUAGAGAUUUCAAGAACUGUGACGAAGCUGAAUACGAAUCUCAGCUCAUGACUCUACUCAAAGUUGAUUCGGAGAAAGUAAAUAAAUGCUAUGAGUUAGUGUUAGAUCAUCACAGUCCAUGCAAGAAGAGGAUGAUGAGUUGGAUCCAACCCGCUAGUCCGAUCGGUGUGUUCGAUGCAUCGUUCAGCUCCGACAGCUCGAACGAGUCUUGGGUUGUGUCUGCUUCUGCUUCUCUGACAUCGUCUCCGGAGCCUUUGCUGAAGAGGAGAAGAGUGCAGGAACAGCAGAUGAAGUUGUCUUCAAUAAACAGAAUGUUUCUCGAUGUGUUUACUACUAGUCCUCGCUAA